AGCAACCCAACAAAGCAAGCAAGCCUCUGCGUCCCCCUCUUUCUCUCCUGCGCGUGGUUUUGGCAGUGCCUACGCUGUCCCUGCAGCAGCUACAGCUACUGUCUGGAGCUCAAACAGCAGCUGCUGCACCACUGGUCGCUACUGCCUACUCCUGCUACUGCUACCUUCUCAUUCAAGAACCUUUGUAGCUUUCCCCAAACUUCGAUACAGCUUCUUGAUCUGCUGGUCUGAAAAUCCGAAGAUCGCGGCCUCUUCACAGCAAGACCUUGCGUCCCUCUAGCACCAAAAAGGAAAAUUUAAAAACAAUGUAUUCACCUCUGGGCUUGGAGGAAUAAUGGUUUCCAGAUCAUUCUUGAACCAGAUGCUACUUUGAUAAAAGAUUUCUAGCUUGUUUUAUCCCCACUAUCAUACAUCAAGGUUUUAGAUUUUUAGCAGUGAAAUUAUCUUGCAUUCAAGAAGUAAACCAGCCAAACACAAGCAGCCGCACCUAUAAGUUGAGCUUCUAGUUCUUCCGGUAAUUUAUCAUUCAGCCCCAGAUAAGACGCUGUUGGAUUGAAUCAAAUGGGUAGGGGAAGAGGCAGAGGAAGGAAAAUGGUCAGCAAUCGCAGGAGCCAUGAAGACAAGGGGAGCAGUGGUGAAGAAGUUGUGCCUGCAAGGAAGAGGAGAGGAAGACCCCUGAAGCAGCGCAUUGCGGUCAAUGUCGAUCAAAGAGAAGUCAAGGAUUUGGUAGAGGGUGUUGAUGGCAACGCAGACUAUCAACAAGGAGGAAGAGAUGGUGAUUCAAAGCUCAAGGAAGAUGACUCUGUAGGAAAUGGUAAAAAGAGGAGCAAGGUGCCCAAAGAUGAGAGCGCAAAUCUUGACCUGGAACUGGAAGAGAACAGUUCAAGCACCCGAUCUAGCAACGAUGAGUCAACUAGGUCCAAUGGCUUCCGGCAGAACGGAAGCCGCCGGAAGAGCACGCCUCAGCGAGCGGCAGAGGCGGGUUUGUAGUUGGAAUGGAGCAAGCAACAGGUUCUUGGGUACUACUAUCAGUUAGGCAGCUGCUCUUCAAUUUUGUCAACUUUCUAUUUUAGUACUGUUAUGUUUUCUGGCAUCUUCAUGAUGAUUACUUGGCUCUAUAUGAAUGUAUAAACAUAGACUGAUUGCAAAAUCAUGGAAGUUUUGCAUA